UAUGUGUAGGAGAGAGAGUUUAUCUGUAUUUAGAGGAAGUGAAUAACAUACUUCCUCAUUUAGAUGGAAUUUGCAACUUAUCCAAAUACAGUUCUUUCUUGUAUUCAGUGCCAAUAAGAUGAAAUACUUAACGCUAGUGGCUGUGUUUUACGUUCAUACAUUAUUAGUGGCUGGAGUUACAGAUAAGAUUUUCUGCUACUAUGGAUCGUGGGCCUAUUACCGCAACAUCGGCAAAGUUGCAACCACCGACCUCAAUACUACGUUAUGCACCCACAUAAUAUACACCUUCAUAGGGAUUACCAAAAAUGCUGAGGUAAAGCUGCUUGACGCUUGGCUAGAUGUUACUAUGGGUGGAAUUAAAAACACAGUCGCACUUAAAGAAAGAAAUGCAAAUUUAAAAGUCCUUUUUGCAAUUGGAGGCUGGAACGAAGGUGCGGGGGCAUUUUCCUUAAUCGCAGCAGACGCUGAUCUUAGAAAAUCGUUUGGUCGUAAUGCUGUAAACUUUAUCAAAGAGCACAAUCUGGAUGGAAUGGAUGUUGAUUGGAGAUAUCCAGGAGACAACAAAGGCCGACCAGAAGAUAAGCAAAAUUUCGUCUUGCUUCUCGAAGAACUUCGGAAUGUAUUUGACGAGCACGGAUACAUUCUGUCUGCGGCAUUGAGUGGUACCCGAGAGCAAAGGGAAAUAUCAUACGACGUAACAAAUAUCAACAGACACCUACAUUUCAUGAAUAUUAUGAUAUACGAUUUGCAUGGAAGUUGGGAAGGAAAAACUGGACCGCACGCGCCAUUUACAGCAAGUUCUGAUGAUAUUUCUCAUUUAAAUGUUAUUUCCAUAAUUGACGAAUGGAUUCAGGCUGGAGCUUCAGCCAGCAAACUACUAUUAGGGAUUCCUUUCUACGGUAGGUCAUUUACGUUAAAGGAUGUAAACAACCACGGAAUGGAUGCACCGACAACAGGGGCAGGUAAUGCAGGGGUGGCUACUCGAGAAUCCGGGUCGCUUUCAUAUGCAGAGAUAUGUUCCAACAUCAAAAACUCAGGAUGGAAGGAAGAGUAUGAUAAGUCACGGCAUGCAUACUACUCCUACCAUGGAAAUCAGUGGGUGGGAUAUGAUAAUAUUCACUCUGUCAGAGAAAAGGUCAGCUAUGCCAUUACAAAAGGACUAGCAGGAGUUAUGGUUCGAACUAUAGAUCAAGAUGAUGUUAAAAAUGAAUGCGGUGGAGGGACGUGGACAUUGCUUACAGCAAUCAAAAAACGACUUCAAUUGGUACAACCACAAAUGUAUGGUUAAAUUCCAAAAAUAAAUUUAUCUGUAUCUUACAUACUU